AAAAAAAGUCAUCACAAAUCAGGCUUACAAGUAACCAUGAACUUGCAGCUUUUUAAACCAGUCUGAAGAUUCCUCUUUCAGUGCCAGAACCAGAGGUCCAGGGUCCAGGCCUCACACUGGUGCUGGUCAAUUCCUCUCCUACAGCAGAGAUGCAGCAGAUCUGUGCCAGCUGUGGUUUAUGCCAGGAUGGCAAACGUCAGGCUUGAGGAAAGAGAAGCUAGCUAAUGGCUGGAGAAAGCAGUUGCCUUGCUGUGUCAUUUUGUAAAGAAGAGUUUCAAGAUGAUCCGGUCGCAGUCUCUGUCCCUGCAGAUGCCAACACAACAAGACUGGAAGGGCCCUCCAACUGUCAGUCCGGCCAUGUCUCCUGCAACCCCUUUGGUCCCUGGAGCCACUUCCAAGCCUGGGCCAGCACCCUAUGCCAUGCCUGAGUAUCAGCGGGUCACUAUCAGCGGAGAUUACUGUGCAGGGAUCACUGUAGAAGACUAUGAACAGGCUGCCAAGAGCCUGGCCAAGGCCCUGAUGAUCCGGGAGAAGUAUGCACGGCUUGCCUACCACCGCUUCCCACGGACCACAGCCCAGUACUUGGCUCACCAGGGGGAAAGUGUACCUUUAGAAGAAGCUCUCCCAGACUUCCACCCUCCUCCACUCCCCCAUGAAGACCCUUAUUGCCUGGAUGAUGCACCCCCCAACCUGGGAUACCUGGUCCGCAUGCAGGGAGGCAUUCUUUUUGUGUAUGACAACCAGACGAUGCUGGAACGCCAGGAACCCCAUAGCCUGCCCUACCCUGACCUGGAAACCUACACUGUGGACAUGAGCCAUAUUUUGGCACUCAUCACUGAUGGCCCCACGAAAACCUAUUGUCACCGGCGACUGAACUUUCUGGAAUCCAAGUUCAGCCUUCAUGAGAUGUUAAACGAGAUGUCCGAGUUCAAGGAAUUGAAGAGUAACCCCCACAGAGACUUCUAUAAUGUGAGGAAGGUGGACACGCACAUUCACGCAGCGGCCUGCAUGAAUCAGAAACACUUGCUGCGCUUUAUCAAGCACACGUACCAGACAGAGCCUGACAGAACUGUGGCCGAGAAGCUAGGUCGGAAGAUCACCCUAAGGCAGGUGUUUGACAGCCUGCACAUGGACCCCUACGACCUCACCGUGGACUCGCUGGAUGUCCAUGCGGGUCGGCAGACAUUUCACCGCUUUGACAAGUUCAACUCCAAGUACAACCCUGUGGGGGCCAGUGAGCUCCGGGACCUGUAUCUGAAGACCGAAAACUUCCUGGGAGGAGAGUACUUUGCUCGGAUGGUCAAGGAGGUGGCCCGGGAGCUGGAGGACAGCAAGUACCAGUACUCAGAACCACGGCUCUCCAUCUAUGGCCGAAGUCCCCAGGAGUGGUCCAGCCUGGCCCGCUGGUUCAUUCAGCACAAGGUCUACUCACCCAACAUGCGAUGGAUCAUCCAGGUGCCCCGGAUUUAUGACAUAUUUAGGUCAAAGAAACUACUGCCAAACUUUGGGAAGAUGCUGGAGAACAUCUUCCUGCCCCUUUUCAAGGCUACCAUCAACCCCCAAGACCACCGGGAGCUUCACCUCUUCCUCAAAUAUGUGACAGGGUUUGACAGCGUGGAUGAUGAGUCCAAGCACAGUGACCACAUGUUCUCCGACAAGAGUCCCAGUCCAGACCUCUGGACCAGCGAGCAGAACCCACCUUACAGUUACUACCUGUACUACAUGUAUGCCAAUAUCAUGGUGCUGAACAACCUUCGCAGGGAACGCGGCCUGAGCACAUUCCUAUUCCGGCCUCACUGUGGGGAGGCAGGCUCCAUCACCCACCUAGUGUCGGCCUUCCUGACUGCAGACAACAUUUCCCAUGGGCUGCUCCUUAAGAAGAGUCCUGUAUUGCAGUAUCUCUACUACCUGGCUCAGAUCCCUAUUGCCAUGUCUCCUCUCAGCAACAACAGCCUGUUUCUGGAAUAUUCCAAGAAUCCGCUUUGGGAAUUCCUGCACAAGGGCCUGCAUGUCUCUCUCUCUACUGAUGACCCCAUGCAGUUCCACUACACCAAGGAAGCACUCAUGGAGGAAUAUGCCAUCGCAGCCCAAGUGUGGAAGCUGAGCACAUGUGACCUGUGUGAGAUCGCCAGGAACAGCGUGCUGCAGAGUGGCCUCUCCCAUCAGGAGAAGCAGAAAUUUUUGGGACAGAAUUAUUACAAAGAAGGACCGGAGGGCAAUGAUAUCCGAAAGACCAACGUAGCGCAGAUCCGGAUGGCAUUCCGCUACGAGACCCUGUGCAAUGAACUCAGCUUCCUGUCUGAUGCCAUGAAGUCAGAGGAGAUCACAGCCCUGACGAAAUAGGCCCAGCGUUCCACACACACUUCCACCUUUUGGUUUAAUUGCAAGCCUGCUUGGGCUAAUGGUGGCCAAGAUCUCAAACCAGGGCUUUCGUCUGUGAUGAGGCCGCCUCUGAAGAAAUCUCAAACUCCUGAUUUUGGUUGCACCUUACAGACACAUACCCAUUUUGUUAGGGUUUCUGAGCUGGAUGCUGACCACCUCCCAUGGGGGAUCUGGGAGCUGGCACUUGUGUGAACUUGUUCGUUUUCCACAUUUCUCUUGUGAUUGCCAGUGCUUACAUGGUUGAGGCUGGGACUUUGCAAGGCUGAAUGCCAAGUGACACAGGCCUGUGUGGUAUCUGCCACACUCCUCUCAGCAUGCCUUGUAGGGUAGUUCUCAUGUCAGCAUCUGGCUGGCUGGUUGCCUUAAGCCUCCUUCAAAGCUCCCUUUCAAAAAGGGGCUAACUUGAGAGAAAAUAUGAGGCUCCCCUGUUGAUUUGUUAAGCUCAUUUUUUAAAAUGAGUUUCUUCACCGGUGUAGCCCCUCUUUCCUUUCUGGUUAGGAAGCCUAGUGCACCCACUGAUGCCAUCACUCCUGCUGUGUGUUACUUUCCUCAUCCAGGACUCAAUGUGUCUUCUCAAAUCCUGUUCUGUGACUCCAUCUCAUGGACCAUUCCAGGGCUGGGGAAGGUACAGGGUGAGUUCUGGGGCUCUUAACAUCCUAUUUUCCUUUUAAUGAAGGCCUUUGAAAAGCACAGGACCAGAGGGCCCGUUCCUUGUGGCUUUAAUAUCCUGUGAUUGCAGCUGUUACCACCACCAUCACCCCUUCCGCCCCUAGGAGUCAGACCAGGGCAGUGACACACUCUUAAGGCCACACAGGACUAGAACCAGGUCCCUGAACCAGUGUUUUCCUAAUUAUUCCUUUAGGCUUCACAAAUGUUAGUUUCGUUUUUUAAAAUAAUUUUAACAUGGUGCAUUUUAUUUUGGUUUCUCAGGCAGGGUUUCUCUGUAGCUUUGGAGCCUGUCCUGGCACUCGCUCUGUAGACCAGGCUGGCCUGGAACUCAGAGAUUAGUCUGCCUCUGCCUCUCGAGUGCUGGGAUUAAAGGCGUGCGCCACCAUCGCCUGGCUUGGUGCAUUUUAUUUUAAAGCACAGAUUUCUUCAGAAGCUAUCAUGGUCCCAGUACCAGAGCGAAAGUUUUUAAGAUCCAUGUGUAGUUAGAUUUUAUCAGACUACUCAUCUUUGUUACUAGUGCCUAGAACAUAGUAGGUGCUCAAUAAAUGCAUAUGAAACAACUGAAUGACUUUCUUUGGCACCUGUAUGUACAGAAUACUCAAAACACAUUCAAAUAUCUUUCUAACAAUUCACAAGGCACAGGUCCUUCUGCAUCACUGUAGGAUGAACCCAAUUUUAUCUGGAAGAUAGUUAUUUGAUUCUAGAUUAUCUUAUCCUGUGACUGUCAUUCUCCCAGUGGUCAACGUAGCUUAUGGGACCAUGCCAUCCUUUUACUAGGCAAAUAUGCUAUCUUACAUGGCUGAUCCUGAAACUGAAUGAAAACCUGUCAUUAUCUGAGGGAUUGUUUUUGAAAAGCCUCCAUUUGUAUACAUUUGCUCAAACAUAGCAAGUAUUGUACAGUUUUUUCAUUGUAUCAAAUAAUUUUUU